ACGGGGAAAAACUACGUGCAGUAGUGUUGUAGAUUUGGUUCCAAAAUAGCGAUUUAGCGAAUCAUAUUUGUUAUUGUAUGAAAAAAUUGAAAAAUUCCUAGACAACACAGAAACUAAACAUCUGCUAUUGGGGGGUGAAAGUCUUAUUUUUUCAAAUCAGGUCAGCAGUUUUGUGAGCUCCGUUCCGCGUGUCAUCUCCGCCGUAGAAAAGUGAAAGGCAGGUCAUCGUAGGUCUGCAGAGCACAUCCGCAUGCAGUCUGCCAAACAUAUAAAUAAGACCCGACACUGAUCAAAACGGACCUAUUACAAGUUGGUCGUCGUUCUUGUCAAGUUCUCUCCAUCAUGAAAUCCGCACUUCAGAUGAUUGCAGUCUUGAUUGCACUAAAUGUAGUCGUCGCCGGGAGGCUUAAUCCAUCCCGCGGAAAAGUUAAAUGGCCCGGAAUCCAGCUGGGUGAAGCGAUUCUCACCUCUGAAAUGACGGAGCUUAUUCCGGUUGACGACAUGUUGGAAGAGAAUUUGUUGAGGGCCUUGGUAAUUCCUACUGACGGCAGUGGAGGUGCUCCAAUUGAAGAUUCCGAAAGGUUCGAUGAAAAAGCCAGUGCAAGAAACGCUUCUUAUCACUUCCGGAGUGACGUCAGAGACGGAAUCAAAGGCGGACAACUACACCGCGAAGAGACGCGUCGAGGAGCUCAGGUCAACGGAUCUUAUUCUUAUAGCGAUGGCUUUGUCUUGCGGACGGUCGAGUACCAAGCGGAUGAGAAUGGAUAUCGUGUCAUCAAAGAGACGAUGAGACGCAUUGGAAAUGGACCGAAAGAGAACGUCGCCGGUGUGGCUAAUGUCCAGACGGAAGCCCAUGGAAGGAAGAACCGCUACACAAUCAGAGGAACCAAUCUGACUGGACCGUCGAUCCCUGGAACUGAAAUCGCUCGAAUCAUAUCCAAACGACUCUAAAAUAAUGGGAUUAAAAAAUUUGAUUUUAAGUUUGUUUUUUUGUAAUUUUAUUUUUUGAAUUUUUCUUUACAAUGACGAAAUCAUAUUACAAAAUAAACAAAUUCACAAACACGCACAUUCAAUAAAAAGUGAAAGGUAGAAAUCGAAUUGAGGUUCAUUUUGCCGAAGAAAUGAGGAAAAGCGUCACGGGAUUGGUCAAUGGUGUAACGAACAUAACUUCAUUUAGUCAACGCCCGCAACGAAUAAA